AUGUCCAACGACAGCGGCCUCUUUAGUAUCAAGGAGGCAUCUGAUUGGACAGACACCUCUCAGUGCCUGCCAUCAGUAGGCGGGGCCACUUUCCUGAUUGUGGCAUACAGCGCCGUCAUUGCAAUCGCUUUAAUAGGCAACGCGGGCCUGGUGUUCAUCAUCGCCCGGCAACAGGAGUUACGCAAUGUUACAAACAUCCUGAUCGCCAACCUGUCGUGCUCCGACAUCCUGAUGAGCAUGGUGUGUCUUCCUGUCACCAUCAUAUACACACUGAUGGACCGCUGGGUGCUGGGGGAGGCCCUGUGUAAGGUGACUCCCUUUGUUCAGUGCACGUCAGUGACAGUUUCGGUCUUCUCCCUGGUGCUGAUUGCUCUGGAGCGCCACCAGCUGAUCCUCCAUCCCACCGGCUGGUCCCCGGCUGCCCGACACUCCUACCUGGCCGUAGGGUUGACGUGGCUGGUGGCUUGCGUCAUCUCCCUGCCCUUCCUCUCCUUCAACAUUCUCACUAACGACCCCUUCCAGAACAUUAGCCUGCCCGCGAGCCCCUUCAGGGACCAUCUGAUCUGCAUGGAGCUGUGGCCGUCCGAUGAGCACCGCCUUGCCUACACCACCUCCCUGCUGCUCUUCCAGUACCUCCUGCCUCUGCUGCUGGUGCUCCUCUGCUACCUCCGGAUCUUCCUUCGCCUGAGACGACGCAGGGACAUGCUGGAGCGCAGCAGGAGGCCUCAGGGAGCCCAGAGGAUUAACGCCAUGCUGUUAGCCAUCGUCGUAGCCUUUGCUCUGUGCUGGCUGCCGCUCAACGUCUUCAACACGCUGUUUGACUGGCACCAUCAGGCCCUGCCUGACUGCCAGCACGACACCGUCUUCUCCGCCUGCCACCUGUCAGCGAUGGCCUCCACCUGCAUUAACCCCAUUGUGUACGGCUUCCUGAACAGCAACUUCCAAAGGGAACUGAAGUUGACUCUGCAGCGCUGCCAGUGUGGCAACCGGGCGGCAGAGAGCUACGAGAGCUUCCCUCUCUCCACCGUGGGCAGCGAGGGCGCGACGAAAACCACCUCCCUCAACAGGAUGGGGUCAGUGUGCGCUCCUUCACCCAGACCUGAGAUCAGCUCAGCCAAAACAAUGCCAGCUAACACCUCAUAA